AUGGGUCGCCUGCCCUUUCAUCAGAACUGGAUUGGUAACUUGCUUGAUGACUUCAUAAUUGAGUCUCCUGAUGGCACGAUCUGGAAACUCGGCGAAAAGCUGUCUGAAAAGGCGACCUUUUCCCCAGCAGAAAGGACUGGAACAGGAAAAGCCUGGGCUGAGGGCAUCGCUGUCUACUCUUGCCAACAAAUCAUCAAUGGGAGGGUGGUCAAUGAAGCCAUCGCCAAGGUUCGGUUUCAAGUGCCACCUGAAUACCCUACCAGUUUUAACCCAGAGGUCCGCCGCAAGCUAGCGCUAAGAGACCCUAGUCCUUGGACACAGCAUGAACUUGUCUCUUUGAGGCACUUCAACCAAAAGGGCUGCAAGGUGACCCCUAAACUACUCUAUGUCAAGCGCUCGCUACAAGAAUGGGAGCAUCUUCCUGUGCCAGGUGGCUAUGUGGUGUUUAUAUUGAUGCAAAAAGUCACUGGCGUGCCAUUGGUUGAUUUUUGGGAUUAUGACUUCGACAAACGUGAGAAGAUUAGAGCUGCAUUUCGGAAUAGCUUAACGGAGCUAUUGCGCUAUCAUGCUAGGCCGAUAGACACACACCUUGGAAACAUCAUCUAUGACGAGAAAGGGAAUAAAUGCUGGUUUGUCGACUAUGAGCACAUUUUUGUGGAUGAAGAAAAGGAGCCAAGGAAGUUCUCUGAAAAUGACUAUUUUGGUUGGGGUUUGGCAUACCGUGGGUGCAGUGCAAGUGCAAAUGAGUGGUAG